AUGUUUUUCAAGCCUUUGGAUCUAACUACUGCGCUCCGCCCUUUACUGUUGCCCGAUGAGACUUUACUCUUUGUUCAGGAUGCGGUGGGGGUGUAUGAAGGCAAAUACAAGAUCCCUAAUUACCAGAACGGCCAUGCAUACCUCACAUCCCACAGAGUCUGCUAUGUUGCUGUUGAAGAUCCACGCAAACACUCAGUUGCCGUUGACUUGAAAGAAAUAGACCGAGCAGAUUACCAAGCCGGCUUUCUGAAAUCAUCUGCAAAGAUCACAAUAUACCCCAAGCCACUCAAGAACGGUCUUGACAAGUCGAGAGGUGCAGGAGCCAGCCCUUCGCGCUCUCAGCCUUCAAGGUCUCACUCGACCCGAUCGCAAUCCCCCUUUCCUCAGGCAUUGGGCCCCCAAGUAAAACCACCCUCGUCCCAGCCCGUUAAUGCUACCUGGAUCUGUCCCAUAUGCUCGUUUUCCAACCCCGUGCCGUCUAACUUUGACCCGUCAACUGCGACCACGUCAACUAGUAUCCCACCUUGUCUAGCAUGUGGUAUCAAGCCUCCCUUCACCACCAUCCUGAAGGCGGCCAUUUCCGCUGUGGCUAGUCGAGAAGGACCUGGGACGAACCAGGGUAUCCCUCGGCUAGGGCAAGAAGCAUUGCCCCCAAGCAGCAACGCAAGGAGUACAGUGCCGACUUCACAACCAAGCACGUCUAUCUCAUGUCCCAGAUGUACUUUCGUAAAUCACCCCUCUCUCCUAGAGUGCGAGAUUUGCAGUGCUCCACUCGCUACUGUGGGCACAUUAAGACCAGCCGGUGGCGAUGACAAUCGCGCCGAAUCACCGGCACCAUUUUUUGAGCAGGGAACCAUCAAGAAUACGGAAAUCACCGACUGCAUAAAAUUGUCCUUCCGAGGUGGUGGUGAGAAGACUUUCCAUGAGCGGUUGAAGGGCGCCUUGAUUCAACGAAAAUGGCUUCUGCAUGAUGCUCCGCCAGUACCUCAACAGCCUGCACGGUCGACACCAUCCCCUAGCUUGACCAUGUCAGCCCCUGUUGAUGGGAUCGUGCCAGUGCAAAUCCGAUCGCCUGCCGUAGGGAUUGCAGGGCUCGAGCAACGAGGGCUUGAGGCCCGUAGGAACAACGAAAUGGUCAUUGGGAACGCGUUCGAGGACCUUGAAGCCCUCAUGGCAUCUGCAAAGCAGAUUGUCGCACUUGCAGAGACACUUGCAAGGGAGUCUGGGAUGUCCAACGAUGAAAAUUCUUUGGAGGCUAGUACAGUACUUUCGGAGUCAGCUGCGGCACUGGGCAUGAUCACAACCAAGGAUAUGCUAGGUUCUGGCGCCGAGAAUCUCUAUUUGUCAGAGCUAUCCCGGAACCUUGCUGAAUAUCUGACCGACGAUCGUAAAGGGAUCCUACAACGAGAAGGUGGUAUUAUCAGUCUCAUUGAUCUCUGGGCCAUCUUCAACCGAUCUCGAAAUGGAGUAGAGCUGGUCAGUCCUUCCGACUUCCAGAGAGCCGCAGAAUUGUGGGAAAAGUUGAAACUACCUGUUCGCUUGCGUCGAUUCAAGAGUGGUCUACUCGUCGUUCAAAGGUAUGAUUGGAGUGACGAGAAGACCAUUCGACAGCUGCAAGAAUGGAUGGUAGAGCUUCGGCAGAUCCCACCUUUGGAACCCGUGGCCUGGGAUUGGCGUCUCUUCGGACGCGCGGUCACUGCACAGGAGGCCGCACAAAGGUUUAAGUGGAGUGUUGGGGUUGCAGCCGAGGAGCUUGAAAUGGCCGAGGAUAAAGGUAUUCUAUGCAGAGAAGAAGGUAUUGAAGGGCUGAGAUUCUGGAGCAACUACAUUACGUCGGAUCCAGUCUUAUAG